AUGCAUAUUUGGGGUGGCUGUCACCUGACAUGGCUUCCGCUUUCGUCGCAACAUGAAAGCUGCCUCGAGGAGCACCUUGCUAGCGAAAUGCUUCAGACUGCGUCACUAAGGGGGCAGCAGCGGAAGCAGUUGCAUCCAGCUGCUGCUGAACCGACUUCUAUGCGGGCAACGGUAGCUAGCCUGCAGGACUCGAGAAUAGAUCAUACAAGGCCCGGCUCUUCUCACCACUCACCCAGAAGCCCCGCCAAACUGGCCUGCACGCUCUGGGUCCAUGAUGAGACCUUUUCCCGCGAGGAGGUCCUCUGCAACCUCCAGGCGUUACCUGAUUUUGGCCUAAAGGUCGGUUUUCUGGUAGAAGUCUCACCUGCACCGGAAGACCAUUCACAGGCCAGCAGCAGGUACUUUCACGAUGAGGCUGGCUACAUGGGCCCCCGGUGGGGUACAGGUAGCGCCUCGAAACCGGUCUACGGAGCUGAUGGCAGAGUUCGCCAGCAGAAGAUAUCUGGGAAGUUUCUAUUUAUCGUCAAACCGUUCCCGCCAGAGAUUAAGGCUCGGCAUCCGAAUCUGCAGAUAUCAGUUGCCAACCAUGUUGCGAAUGCCUUUGGCUUUAAGAACCGUACCCAAGUCCAUCUUACAGUCAAGAACGCCGCCCAAUGCGCAGCAUCCCACGUGGAAUUUGUCUUCCGCGACCAGUUCCUCCUUCGCUCAGAUAUGUGGAGGCUGACCUCUUCAGAGCUUGUCAACCGACCCAUGUAUAAAGGCCAGAAGAUUCUUUUCAUGGGCAGCAUCAAGGCGUCAGUAAAAUCGGUUUAUUGCGGUGGCAAAAAGGCCAUGUCCGCUUAUUUUUCUCCAAAAACUAUUCCUAUAUUCCGGAGUGAGUCGGCUCGCUUCGUUCUAUUCAUCCAAAUGUCCAAAGAAAUGUGGGACUUUGACUCUGAAGGCACCGGUGAUAUCAUGUUCAGCCGGGUAAUCAACAGUAUGCUGCCAGAAGUAUUCAAACGAUGGGCGAAUAUUGAUGCACACCACUUGGUAACUAUCGUGCUGUUCACAAGAGUCCAAUACGACUCGGCGACCCCUGCGCCCGGACCCGCGUCCCUGAGUGGCAGCUUUUUGAACCGUGGUCCGGAUGAAUCGACACCGCGGACCCAGGAUUUUUAUCGUGUUGUCGUCAACGACAUGCCCAGUGGGCAAUGGACUAAGAUAUUGGACUCCAUUAAAAAGGAAUUCCGUACCUUUUUACGAGAUGUUUCGAUACCCCCGCCCUAUUUUCCUGAAACAUCAAUAGCAGCAGAAGAUAUUCCAAGAUUCACCGAUGAGUGCCCUCCCAAAAUCUCUGGGCGUCCCACUUCAGCUCUACGAGGGAACAUCUUGGAGGCUAUCCAUGUUGCGUCUUCCUAUCUUGCAUUCGAACAUAUUGGUCGUGAUUUGGUGAGAACCGGGACGUCAAUCGUCAUUAUUACCCCGGGCACGGGUGUCUUUGAGGUCCCUUUUAACAUACUAUCCCUGACUUCGGAUGUGCUUACUAGCCGAGCUAUCGGCAUAGAUCUCAUUUGCCUCAGUCCUAUGCCGCUUCAUUCCGUACCGCUAUUCAAGUAUAAGCUCCCCCGUGACACCUCUCGCCGACCUGGUAGGCCUAUUUCAUCCCGCCUUGCACCUUAUGAACAUCGUCGGAUGUCAACGACUCUUUCUGCCCCGCGCAUGACACCUCUUGAUAGGCCAGGAAGCGCAUUGUCCGAUCAGGCAUUGAGAAGUAGUGAAGGCAGCAUUCAAGAAGAGGAAUGGGGAUACGGUAUUCCACAUUGGAUCGAUAUCUCCUUUUGGGACCCUCGACUGGACCGCGCUAGCCGAGCGGCGGCAAACAAAGGAUCUACAAUGGCCCCCGCAAUGGGUACCAUAACGAAACAUUCGCAGCCCUUCGUUCCCAAAGUGAGAAUGUAUGAAAUACAAAUGAUGGGUGUCAUGGAAAGCGAACAAUCCAAUGUAUCCAUUCCUCAUAUGUCUGCCUCGUCCGGCCCUGAAAAACGCCUCAGUAACCUUGCUCCCCUUGAAUCAUCUAUUGGCAACAGCCCGUCGCCGGAUUCGUCAUACAGAUCCCAGGCGGGCGAUGGUUUCAGACCUAAAUCGUUCAUGUACAACAUCAAAGAUUCAAAAAAGAGCAUGCUACCACCCGACGCUAAGCAGCGCACGGAGUUGCUAGAGUGGAUGGAUUCCUAUGAUCGAAACAUCUUCCACCUUCAUCCUAAGCAGAAACGUUCGCGGAGGCGAUCUAAAGCGAACCAAGCCCCUGAAGUCGAAACCAAUACCCAAUUUCAACAGGAACAGCUAAAGCGAAGAUCGGCUAUGGACUUGAAAGAACUCGAUGGCCGUCACGCAUCACCUUUUAACCAGCCUCAUCUGAGGUAUGGAAAGAUAGAAGAAGAAAGGCCAGUUACACCGAAUCCAACCGCUCCAAUAACUCCUAAACCAGCGAGGAAACCCAGCAUAAAACCGAAGCCAAAGUUAAUUGUUCCGCGGAUAUCUCGCUCUAUCAGUUUUGCUCUCCGUGGCCUUGGACCUGCUGCUCCAAGAGCGCAAGCGAGUACUGCAAUAAGGACUGAACAUGCUCAGGCUUUGCCAACCACAGGUGGAAAGACCCCUGAAGAACCUGCAUCCGAAGUGUCUACCACAAAUACUCCUAAUUCCCCUCUUAGUUCAGGCACGCUUACUCCAAGAGCGGAAUGGUCGAUCGCUGAUGUAACUAGCAACAACGAGACAAUGACACCGUCACGGCCGAUUUUGAUCAAACCAACCCGACGAAGUGGGGAAGGGAGCAAUGCAGAGCCGCCUGUUGAGGGAUCAUUCUCUCCCCAGGCAUCAGAAAAUCGACACGACGCAUUGCAGCAACACGACAAUCAAGGGGGCCAGCUUAUAAAGAGGACUGGAAGGAGAUUAGAUUUGCUUAGUGGUGGUGAUCCCACCUCACCACCAACUAUUCCCGCUACAGAUGCACUUUCUCCUUGGGUACGGUCCGUCAAUCCUUGGAAUCCACCGAAGCAUUGGCCGACACGUUCAAGUUGGUUUGGCCGUUGGCACCACAUAUAUCCCAGGAUGCCAAAGACGACUUCUGUCAGGUGGAAGAGUUUGAAAUCACCAGCAUCAUUACCCCUAACAACCGAAGAGCUCCCUACGGAAUUUGAAUUGACUUCGAAUUUUCUCCAGACCCCAUACAGGGUCUAUCGGAACGAGGAUUCUGAUUCCGGAGCACCUAAAACAAGAGAAAUGCUUCUGUGCGAUAUGAUAUCUUUGCGACUGUCGCAUGGGUUUCAGAUAGUAGUGGGGAAACGAGUUGAAGAGCACCCUCAAGGUUACUCCAAUAUCUUCGACACCAAAGCACUCUCGGAGGAUGGAACCACGGUUGUCAUGUCGAGGGGCAAUGUUAUUCACAGAAUCGUAAACGUUGGAGGCGAGAUUGAGGUUACAAAGUUUACUCGCAGGCCGCUCAAUGGAUUUCCCACCGAUGAAUUGAAUGAUGCGAUAAGCUAUAGUCCCGCCGUCAAGACCAUUCUGAGUGCUCAAUAUUGCAAAAGCACCCUACCUCUAAGCGUUCCCCCGGAAGAGUAUAAUUGGAACCUCGCCGAUGCAUACCUUGCUGGCCAUCGGGAUCAUAUAACCAGCUCUAUCAGGCAACUGCGGUUCUGGCGAACGAGAUUUGUUUUGAUACCAGUUCAGGUACCGCUAAAUGCAAGACGACAGAUAUCGUCAGCUCAUGAAGACAACGAAGAAGAAAUCCAUUUGCUUGGAAUUUACAAACUAACCCAAAUGUGGCAACGACACAGGUAUAUAGCACCUGAGGAGAAACGCUUUCAGUCUUCCACCCGCAAGAUUAUGGAUCAGAACCCACUCAAUAUAAUGUACCAGACGAGCGACCCUUCCGUCGUUGUUGCUGCCGAGCUUGACAGAUCAUUAUUAGAGGAUCCCGGGCUGGACAAUCGUCCUGCUCAAUUGCUCCCUGACUCGGAGUUGCUGCGGAGGUCCGAUAUCACCCUUUCAUUUUUGUCGCAGAGAAUACAAGGCGAAAAGGGGGUAAGAUUGAUGGAUAGAAGAUGGCAUUGGCGCCUACAUUACAACUGCUUUGUCGGCAUGGAGCUGACGACAUGGAUAAUGCAAAAUUUCCGCGACAUCGACAGUCGAGAGGAAGCCGUUGAAUUUGGAAACGAGCUGAUGAAGCAUGGGUUGUUCCAUCAUGUUCAACGGCGGCAUAACUUUAGGGAUGGCAAUUACUUUUACCAAAUUGCUGAUGAAUACAGAGUAGCGCGUCCAGAAUCGAGAGCCGGCGGCUGGUUUCAACCACGUAAAGUGGACAAAUCAACCCCAAAUACACCGAUGGGUGAAAGUAUAAAGGAUACCUUGUCAAGCGCCCGUGCGAGAUCAGAGAGGAGCGUUGAUGAAACCGGAAACAGACUUGAGGUCCCAGGUGCUAAAUCCGGCCGAGCCAGGCCAUCAGUUUCUCUCUCUAAAUCAAUGAAAUAUGAUGUCGAUCCUCGCAAGCGUUCAGAUCGACCGGAAAUCAUUGACCUCCACUAUGACAGGAUCCAUAACCCGGAAAACUGUUUCCAUAUUGAGCUGAGCUGGAUGAAUGCUACGCCUAAGCUUGUGGAAGAUGCCAUCAUGUCUUGGGUGGGAACAGCGGAAAAGUAUGGGUUGAAGUUGGUCGAGUUGCCGAUAUCUGAAGCCUCAUCGAUUGUUGAACGACAGAUAUUCCGGCGUCCCUAUCCUAUCAGGCUGAAGGUUGAGCCGCCAAUGACACCUGUGACCACGGUUCUCACUGCGACGUCCUUUAACUCCCAAGCCGUGCCCGACCAUCAGUUCUACCAGAAGGCGAUCUUGAAGAAGUUUGAUUUUGUGCUCGACUUCGAAGCUAAAAGUUCAUUCCCUGCGGAUGUGGACGUGAUCUAUAGCUGGGGCAAACCUGAUUAUCAAUUUCCCCAAUACGUGCAUCGUAGCGGGGCGGCUCUGGCACAGAUCACGGAUGAGGGCCACUUUCUCCUGCUUGCCAACCGAUUUUACAACAGCCACAAUCCCACGAGCCUCAAAGAAUCCAGCAGGUUUGAUCGUUCAUCCGAGUACUUCCCGCGCGCACGAGCGGGAACAUUUGACCCUUUGGACCGCCGCUCCCCUAUUCUAUCGCCCGUCGUUCGAGCCACUCCCGGAACCGAUGCCUUGGGCAUUUUCAGCGCGCCCGCCUCGGUCGCAGCGAACGAUGCGGCACAAACUUCAUACCACGUCACGGACCAGAUCAAGGACGAGAUGCGCUCAUUUUGCUCCAACACCGAAAAGCUGGAGGCAUUCUAUGCGGAGGUGGCUGCUUUGAAGAGCAAGCCAGCGGCUCCACCGUCGACGUCGUCUGUGAAGGUUAGCCCCACCAUGCCGGCGACACUGGACUCGUCGAUCCCGUCACUGGAGCUCCCGGCAAGCAUUGUUGCGAGGAACCUGCAUAUUCCGGCGCCGGUGGCUCUUGCGGCCAAGCAAGCGACGGCAGAACCGCCGCAGGUUUCUGGGUCGAUUGAUGCGGUAAUGAGGAAUGCGAGUCUUUCGAGUCCGCGCCAUAAUGCAUUCAAGUAUUGA